AGGUCUGACUCACAGGACCAUGGACACGGCUGGUAGAUUGGGGAGAUACGUCCAUGCUGGGAGAGACAGCCUUCCUCAUGGUGUGAACGGGGCAGUGAGCUUUGGGGACGGCGCUACGGCUGAUGGGACCACCGACCUCGGGGACCCCACUGCUAAACCCAGGGAGACCACCUCCCCUGGGGGCCCCACAGCUCCUGGGGAUGGUACAAUCAUACCUGGAGAUGCAGACGCUGCCAUGCUCCAACCUGAAGACAAUGAUGCUUCCAGCGCCACUGUAGACACCGCCACCAUCACCGUCACCCCCGGAGACGAUGACAGUGCCAGCACCGACGGACGCAUCAGCUCCAUCCCUGGAGACGAUGACUCUGCCUCUGGAGACGGACACAUCAGCCCUGUCCUCGGAGAUGGAGAUGCCACCGUCGCCCCCGGAGACGAUGACAGCUCCAGCACCAACGGAAGCAUCAGUCCCAUCCCUGGAGACAAUGGUGCCGCCCCCACCAACAGAGUCACAGCCGUCGACUCCGGAGACACAACCAUUGCCCCUGGAGAUGCCACCGUCACCCCUGGAGAUGCCGCUGUCAUCCCCGGAGACACAGCCAUCGCCCCUGGAGACACAGCCAUCGCCCCCGGAGACAUAGCCAUCGCCCCCGGAGACAUAGCCAUCGCCUCUGGAGAUGCCACCGUUGCUCCUGAAGAUUCCACCAUCACCCCCGGAGAUGCCACUGUUGCCCUCAGAGAUGCCACUCUUGCCCCUGGCGACACAGCCAUUGCUCCUGGAGGUGAUAAUGUCACUGUCCCUGGAGACACCAGCCCCGGCCCCAGAGACACUGCCCCUGGAGAUGUCACCGCCGCUCUGAGGGACACCAUCACUGGAGACCUCACCGGUGCUGCAGCUCCUGGUGACACCGUCACCUCUCCCUCUGAGGCCACCCCUACGCCUGGAGAGACGGUUAUCUCUAGUGAGACCACUGUCCCCAGUGAGACCAGCAUCCUUAUCCAGACAGCAACCCCUUGUAUGGCUGACCUCUUUUGGAGCAGCAAUACCCCGGCCAAGCCAACUGCUCCCAGCCAGCCCAGUCCUCUGGGGCAACCUGGCACCCCUAGGGACAGCAGCAUCCCCAGGAAGACCACCACCUCUGCUGUGGCCAUCGGCCCUGAGGCCAGCGCGACCCAGGGUCGGACCACUCCCUUUGGGGGCACAGAGACCCCAGGCCGGGGCACUGCCUCAGCAGCUGAGGGCACUCAAGGGAGCCUCACUGUUUCCAGAGAGACCACCACAGCCCCCGGAGAUGCCACCGGCACCGGAGACACCAUGGCUGUCACCAGUAUCUCGAGAGACACUGUUGCUUCCGCCACCCUUGGAGACAACAUCACCGUUCCUGGAGGAGACGCCGACACCAUCGUUGCUUGCCCUGGAGAUGCCGCUAAUGCCCCCAGAGAUGCCACCAAUGCCCCUGGAGACAUUUCCGAUGCUCCAGGAAACACCACUGCCCCUGGAGAUACUUGCACCUACACCCGUACCCCUGGAGACGCUGACGUCACUGCCUCUGCCCCUGGAGACGCCAACACCUCCAUUGCCACCCCCGAGGACACCACCGCCUCUGGAGACGCUGGUGCUGCUGCCCCUGGAGACGCCAGCACCACCGCCACUGAAGCUGGAGAUGCAGGAGCUACCCCCACUGCCUCUGGAGACAACAUCACCACUGCCGUCCUCGGAGACGCCACUGCCCCUAGAGACACCAUCACCCCUGAAGACAGCAUAGUCCCUGGAGACGUCACGAUCAACACCACUAACCCUGGAGAUGCUACCGUCCCUAGGGACCCCAUCACUGCCACCAGCACUGCCCCUGGAGAUGCUACAGUCUCUGGAGAUACCACCACUGCCACCCCUGGAGAUGCUGAAGUCCCUGAAGACUUCAAAGUCCCUGGAGAAACCACAACCACCACCUGUGGAGACACCACACACCCUGGAGAUACCACUGCCACUGCUGCUUCCCCUGGAGAUACCACCGCCCCUGGAGACACCACCACCACCACCGCCCCUGGAGACACCAUACGCCCUGGGGACACCACCACUGCUGCCCCUGGAGAUGCUGCAGUACUUGGAGACACCACCACCAUCACCGCCACUUCUGGAGAUGUGGCAGUCUCUGGAGACUCCAUCAUCACCACCAACACUGCCCCUGGAGAUACCUUCACCAUCACCGCUGCCCCUGGAGAUGCGGCAGUCCCUGGAGACACCACCGCCACCCCGGGAGACACUGCAGUCUCUGGAGACACCACCACCGUCACCCCUGGAGAUGUGGCAGUCACUGGAGACACCACCGCCACCCCUGGAGAUGCAACUGCCCCUGGAGACGCCAUCACCAUCACCGCCACUGCUGAAGAUGCGGCAGUCUCUGGAGACCCCAACAUCACCACCAACACUGCCCCUGGAGACACCAUCACCGCUUCCCCUGGAGACGCUGCAGUCUUUGGAGACACCACCACUGCCCCUGGAAAUACCACAGCCUCUGGAGACACCACUACCACAGCCACCCCUGGAGAUGUGGCAGUCCUUAGAGAUGCCACCAUCAUCACUGCCACUUCUGAAGAUGCGGCAGUCUCAGGAGACUCCAUCAUCACCACCAACACUGCCCCUGGAGACACCAUCACCGCUGCCCCUGGAGACAUCAUCACCUUCACCAUCGCCGCUGCCCCUGGAGAUGCUGCAGUCCCUGGAGACACCACCACCGUCACCCCUGGAGAUGUGGCAGUCACUGGAGACACCACCACCGUCACCCCUGGAGAUGCAACUGCCCCUGGAGACGCCAUCACCAUCACUGCCACUGCUGAAGAUGCGGCAGUCUCUGGAGACCCCAUCAUCACCACCAACACUGCCCCUGGAGACACCAUCACCGCUGCCCCUGGAGACAUCAUCACCAUCACCAUCACCGCUGCCCCGGGAGACACUGCAGUCCCUGGAGACACCACCACCGUCACCCCUGGAGAUGUGGCAGUCCCUGGAGACACCACCACCAUCCCUGGAGAUGCAGCUGCCCCUGGAGACGCGAUCACCGUCACGGCCACUGCUGAAGAUGCGGCAGUCUCUGGAGACCCCAUCAUCACCACCAACACUGCCCCUGGAGACACCAUCACCACCACCAUCACCGCUUCCCCUGGAGAUGCUGCAGUCUUUGGAGACACCACCACUGCCCCUGGAAAUACCACAGUCUCUGGAGACACCACCACCACAGCCACCCCUGGAGAUGUGGCAGUCCUUAGAGAUGCCACCAUCAUCACUGCCACUUCUGAAGAUGCGGCAGUCUCAGGAGACUCCAUCAUUACCACCAACACUGCUCCUGGAGACACCAUCACCGCUGCCGCUGGAGACAUCAUCACCAUCACCAUCACCGCUGCCCCUGGAGAUGCUGCAGUCCCUGGAGACACCACCACCACUGUCGCCCCUGGAGAUGCGGCAGUCCUUAGAGAUGCCACUACCAUCACUGCCACUUCUGAAGAUGCGGCAGUCUCAGGAGACUCCAUCAUCACCACCAACACUGCCCCUGGAGACACCAUCACCAUCACCAUCACUGCUGCCCCUGGAGAUGCUGCAGUCCCUGGAGACACCACCACCACCGCCACCCCUGGAGACGCUGAAAUCCCUGGAGACACCACCACCACCGCCGCCUCCAGAGACUCUGCAGUCCCUGAAGACACCACCAUUGCCACUGAAGAUGCUGCAGUCCCUGGAGACACCACCACCACCAUUGCCACUGAAGAUGCUGCAGUCCCUGGAGACACCACCACCACCAUUGCCACUGAAGAUGCUGCAGUCCCUGGAGACACCACCACCACCAUUGCCACUGAAGAUGCUGCAGUCCCUGGAGACAUCACCACUGCUGUCCCUGGAGAUGCCACCUCCAUAACCACCACCACUGGAGAUGCAGCAGUCCCUGGAGACACCACCCCCACCACUGCCACCCCUCGAGACAGCACAGACUCUGGAGAUGCUACCACCACUGCUGAUUCCGGAGACUCUGCGGUUCCUAGGGUCAUCACCACCCCCACUGACCCUGGAAACACCACCACCACGACCAUAUCUGGAGACACUGAUGCCUCUGGAUAUGACAAUGACUCUGCUGACAGACUUGAAGACACCACCAUCACCACUGCCUCUGAAGAUACCACAGUUCCUGGAGUCAUCGGCACCACUGCUGCCCAUGGAGACACCCCCACGGUCCUUGGAGACACCACCACCACCGUGCUUGGAGAUGCUACAGUCCCUGGAGACACCACCAGCGCCGCCCCUGUGGAUAGCACAGUCCCUGAAGACAUCAGCACCACGGCUGCCCAUGGACACACCCCCACAGUCCCUGGAGACACCACCGCCCCUGGAGAUGCGACUGCCACCACAGAUGACGCUGGAGAUGCAACAGUCCCUGGAGAUGUCCCAGUCCCUGGAGAUGUCCCUGCCACCACAGACGGCACCAGAGAUGCCACUGAUACCCCUGGAGACACUGCUGCUGCUGCUGCUGCCCUGGGCGCUGAUGGGGAUGAUGCCCGUGGAGACGACACCGCGGCCACCAUCCCUGGAGAUGACCAUGUUGGCCCAGGAGACACCAGCGCCCCUGCAGAGUCCACCACCCCCACGCCCCGGACCCCCUGGCCAUACCGGUCCAUGGGGCUCAUCAGCUUGCUCUGUCUCUUCGUCACCGUGGGCCUGCUCACCGGGAUUGUCGCGGUUGUCUGCUAUGUGAAGAUCAUUACCAUCAGCUCUGCCACCUUAACGGAGUCAGUGGCAAGUUCAUUCCCUUGAGGUCCUUCUCUGUGGUGGGUACCCCCAGAUCCCCAGUGUGCCACCUCGGGAGGGAGGCAGGAGACUCGGGGUGAGAUGCCCACAUAGGCUGCAAUGGAGUAUGAGGAAGACACUCAUCUAGACACUUCCCUCUUUAAUAGCGGAGGUAAUCAGUUUCCAGAGGGCACUGUCCUUGGGAAGACCGCAGCAUUGCGGUGUGUCAGGAACUGGACGAAGGAGAUUGGAAAGUAUAUGGGACCAGUCCAUCUAAUCUCAAAUCCCACCUCUAGUCCAUACAGAAUCGGAGCAAUGGUCCAUUUAAUCUGGGGUCCCACCAUCUGCCCUUGCCAGUUUAGAUUAACGGCCCAGCUAAUGCCACCUCUGGCGCAUAUGGGAGCGGACUGAUGGGUUCAUCCUUCAUUGGAUUGGAACAACGGGCCCCCUCUAGUCCAGUACUGCGUCCUGCCUCUGCCAGAGCAGACUAUCAGUGCAGCGAGUCCUAUACCUGAUGUGCAGCAUUGCUUUGUGGCUGUUAAUUGGCUUCCACGAACCCACCCCAGAGGUGGCUGCAGUUAAGCACCGGGCGAGCGAGCCCCGUGCCGCCUCGCUGUGUGAGUGUUACCCAGCUGUCCCACCCCAGAAGCAGCCACAAUUCAGCAGUAGGCAUGCGGGCUUCAUGGCAGUUUGUCAAACUUUUGAGCUGAACCCCGUCGUUGUAAAUAAUCAAUAAGAAGACGUUCUUUCCUUACCAGUUCCCUUAGGGAACUAUGGUUCUGUUAGCUGGCUGCUUCUUGCAUAA